CCCGUAGUUUAAUGUUGGGGCUUGAAGGAUCCUGGUUUAGGCACUGGAUAGAUCUAAACUUUAUGUGCGAUGAACUAGCUAGGAAGUGAGCCGCCGCCGCCUGGUAGAACAGAGAAGGAUGUCGGGCAUGGCGAGGGAAAAUCUAGUGCGGAUUGAAGAGAUACAAGGGAGAGGACGAGCUAUAGUGUCCUCUCAGCCGCUGAGGGGCGGUGAAAUUGUGCUUAGGGAUUCUCCAAUCCUCCUCUACUCUGCUUUUCCUCUCAAUGGACAACAACUGCAAUUCUCAACCUCAAUUUAUUGCGAUAACUGCUUCAGAAAGUUACAAUCAGCAUCGGCACCCUUAUCUUGCCCAUCUUGCUCUCAACAUCGUUUCUGUAGCCCAAAUUGCCUUUCGGUUUCAAUUGCCUCGUCCCACAAUACCUGGGUUUGCCAAGCUCUAAGUCGCAUGCGGGAUUGCCCAUCCCUUGUUCUGCAUCAGCCUAUGGAGCGCCAAAUCCAAGCCCGUUUCCUCAUCGCCGCCUACAACCUUGCACUUGUCUCGCCUUCCAACUUCCAAAUUUUAUCAUCUCUUCAAGGCCAUGGAGAGGAUAAAGAUGCCGUAGCCGCUCAAUUUUUACAUUCCGUCAUCUCGUCUCUCUGUCCUCCUCCUUCGAUUGAGGGAUUCCUCUUCUCCUUGGAACUUACCUCGGCACUACUUGCCAAGGACAAGCUCAAUGCUUUCGGCAUAAUGGAACCUGUGGAUUUCAAUAAAGAAAACUGUGGGCAGAGAUCAGUCCGAGCCUAUGGCAUAUACCCGAAGGCCUCCCUCUUCAACCAUGACUGCCUUCCAAAUGCUUGCAGAUUUGAUUACGUCGACAAUGCUCCCGAUCGCAAUACUGACGUGAUUAUCCGGAUGAUUCAUGAUGUCCCUCAAGGAAGAGAGAUCUGCUUGAGCUAUUUCCCUAUUAAUGAGAAUUAUUCCAGCCGGCAGAAAAGAUUGCUCGAGGACUAUGGAUUCACCUGCGAGUGUGACCGGUGUAAAGUCGAAGCUAAUUGGUCGGAUCAGGAGGACAAUGAGGGCGAUGAUGAUGAUGAAGAGAAUGAGGCAAUGGAGGAGGACCAUGAUGAACCAAUGGUGGAGGAGGCAGCCUCAGAAUAUGAAACCGACUUUCCCCACGCUUAUUUCUUCGUGAGAUACAUGUGUAAUCGAGAAAAUUGCUGGGGAACUCUAGCUCCUUUGCCUUCGUCAAAUGUUAACCAGUCGUCUAAUCUCUUGGAGUGUAAUGUGUGUGGCAACAUAAAAAAUGAAGCAGAUGACAUUGAUGCUGAUGGAGGACAAGGCGCGUAUUCCAUACCUCAUUAGUUUAUCCUAAUCCUAUGCGAUUUUGCAGUUCCUGUUCCUUUAAUUUCAGUGCUAUGAUUGCAGUUAUGAUAUAUAUUUUCUGAACGAGUAAUUACUCAAUUCAAAAUGCAUUUGUUUUUCUCAA